GACUAACCAUGGUCAGUUUUACUACGCGAAACAUCCCCAAAUCGCCUGAGUAGGUCGAACCCAAAUACGGAGACACGAAGAAGACGAACGGCAAGACCCAGCAGAGGCGGAGCUACUGAGAAAGAACGGCGGAGAUACAACAAAGCUUCUAACUCCUCCAACGUUGUCUCCACCACAGCCGUGUCCAGAAGAAUUUUAUCGGAACGGAGACAGAUCCCAUACCAGCACCAGAGUCGUGUCGUGUCGACACCGGUACGGCAAGAUUAAUGUUGCUGUGCUUGAUGUUGCUGUGAAGGAGGAGAAAAGCCCAUUCAGCCUUCUAUAGGUGUUUCUAUGGAUCCUUCUCGAAGUUUUAUGCCUCCCAUGUCUAAUCAAUUUCGACCUGUAGUUCCAGGACAGCAAUCACAGCAGUUCAUUCAAGCUGCUCCUCCACAUUUUCAGUCUGUUGGGCGCGGCGUCUCUGCUAUAAACAAUGGGUUGCCUUCUCCUCAAGUUCAGCAACCCCAGUUUCCUCAGUUAAUGCAGCAGUUACCAGCAAGACCUGGCCAGGGCCUGGGACCACCACCAUCACAGGCAACAUCAUUGCCUAAUGCUCCCCCAAGCAUGCAUGUUGCAUCUGGGUCACCAUUGCCUAUGCCCAAUGUUCAAGCACCCAACAACUACAUGCCUGGCUUUGGUGGCCCAGGAACACCUCUUCUUUCAUCAUAUACUUUUGCGCCGUCUUCUUAUGGUCAAAGACCUGUGACUUUCAAUGCUAUGACUCACUAUCAGCCUAUAUCUCAAAUGCAUGCCCCAACAAUUCCUGCUGGUGGACAGCCUGGGUUAUCUCCAGUAAAUCAAAUUGCUGCUUCUGUUAUACCCCUCCAUCAGAGUGUUCAACAAUCUGCAGUUUCCUCCAUUAGUGUUCGAGAAACAAAUCUUCAAACUAAACUUACUGAACAGGCCCCUACUGAUUGGAUAGAACAUACUUCAGCUAAUGGAAAAAGAUAUUAUCAUAAUAAGAGGACCAGACAAUCAAGUUGGGUGAAGCCCGUAGAAUUAAUGACUCCUGUUGAGAGGGCAGAUGCAUCGACUGACUGGAAAGAAUUUACGAGCCCUGAUGGAAGAAAGUAUUACUACAAUAAGGUUACCAAGCAAUCGAAAUGGGAGAUACCUGAAGAACUGAAGUUGGCUCGUGAACGGGUGGGAAUGAGAUCCGAAAAGGAAACACAACAGGAAACAUCUGCAAAUCCUCAUGGCCUAGCUUCUGUUACUCCUUUAGAUGAGGCUCCAUCUACAAUGGAUGUUUCAGCUGCCACAGCUCAAGGGGCAACAUCAAGCCCAGUUGCCAUUUCUCCUGUAGGCACUUCUGAUAAUAUACAAUCUGGGAUGAUUGCUGAAUCUUCUGCCCUGCCCGUUGAAGCUUCUCCUGUAAUUGACCGUGCUGAUGGAGCUCAGGGAACUUUAAAUACUGUUCCACCAUCAGCUGGCACUUCAGGAAGUUCUGAGGCUGCUGUUACCAUGGUGGACGUAUUUACUGCUCCAAUGAAUGAUUCUUGCAACAUCGCUGCUGAAGAUGUUCCUAAUUCUGCAGAUGGUUUUCCUGCAGAAGAUAAAGAGGAAGCCAGCACAGAUGUGAUGGCUAGUGAAAAAGCUGAAUUGGAAGAUAAAGUAGUCGAUCAGGAACAUACAGGUUAUGUGGAUAAGCUGGAGGCUAAAAGUUCAUUUAAAUCUCUUCUUGAGUCAGCAAACGUUGGUUCUGACUGGACAUGGGAGCAGGCCAUGAGAGUCAUAAUUAAUGACAAAAGAUAUGGUGCAUUGAGGACACUUGGAGAGAGAAAGCAAGCUUUUAAUGAGUUCCUUGGUCAAAAGAAAAAACGGGAGGUUGAGGAAAGGCGAAUUAAACAGAAAAAAGCAAGGGAAGAGUUUACGAAAAUGUUAGAAGAAUCUACAGAGCUGACAUCAUCUACUAGAUGGAGCAAAGCUAUGGUUAUUUUCGAAAAUGAUGAGCGAUUUAAAGGGGUUGAACGAGAAAGAGAUCGCAGGGAUUUGUUUGAAAGCUACUUAGAGGAGCUUGGGAAAAAGGAACGAGUAAAGGCCCAGGAGGAGCGGAAAUCGAAUAUCAUGGAAUAUAGGGAAUAUCUGGAAUCUUGCGACUUCAUUAAGGCAAGCACCCAGUGGCGAAAGGUGCAAGAUCGCUUAGAGGCUGAUGAAAGAUGUUCACGUCUUGAAAAAAUUGAUCGCCUGGAAAUAUUUCAGGAUUAUGUACGUGACUUAGAGAAGGAAGAGGAGGAACAGAGGAGGAAACAAAAGGAAGAUCUGCGGAAGGCGGAACGCAAAAAACGCGAUGAGUUCCGUAAGUUGAUGGAAGAACAUCUUUCUGCUGGGGCACUUACAGCAAAAACUCAUUGGCGUGAUUAUUAUCUGAAGGUAAAAGAUUUGCCUGCAUAUUUGGAUGUUGCAUCAAACACUUCAGGUCCAACCCCGAAGGAUUUGUUUGAAGAUGUUGCUGAGGAGCUUGAGAAGCAGUAUCAUGAUGAUAAAACUCGAAUUAAGGAUGCUGUGAAGUUGAAAAAGGUUGCUUUAUCAUCAAGCUGGACACUUGAAGAAUUUAGGGCUUCUAUUGCCGAGGAAAUAGGCUCUCCACCUAUAUCAGAUGUCAACUUAAAGCUAAUACUUGAUGAAUUGCUAGAAAGAGUCAGGGAGAAGGAGGAGAAGGAAGCUAAAAAGCGUAAACGGCUUGCAGAUGAUUUUCGUGAUCUACUGCACUCCAUCAAGGAAAUUAAUGCUUCUUCGAGGUGGGAGAACAGCAAAGAGCUUUUUCAAGGUAGUAGAGAGUACAGUUCCAUUGGAGUGGAGAAUUUCUGCAGAGAAAUAUUUGAGGAAUAUAUCACCGAGCUGCAAGAACAGGCAAUGGAGGAUGACCGAAAGCGAAAAGAAAAGGUAAAGAAAGAAAAAGAUAGGGAGGGAAGAGAUAGGAAAAAGUCUAAGCACAGAAGAGAAAAAGAUCGAGGACAUGAUAGGGAAAAGGAGCAGCACUUGAGUAAGGAUGGAGGAGACAUCGAAAUUGCUGAUACAACUGAGGUCCGUGGUUUCAAUGAGGACAAAAGAUCAGAAAGUGACAAUAGUAAGAAACAACGGAACAGGCAUGAGAUCGCAGAUAAUUCCAAUGAUGGAGAGAAAGAUCGGUCGAAGAAUUCCAAUAAACAUAACAGUGACCACAAAAAGUCGAGAAGGCAGCAUGUAUCAACUCCUGAAUCAGAUGGUGAAAGCAAGCGCAAGAGGCAUAAAAGAGACCACCGGAAUGGUUCUCGUAAUGGUCAUCGCGAGGAUCUUGAAGAUGGGGAAUAUGGCAAUGAUGGUCAAAACACUGUUAGCAGAGGUAAAGACAGUGAACUCGUGAACUAGUAGAACUGCAGAAGUGCUGAUAAUUGCGGGUUCUUGCGACAGAUGAAAAGCUCUAUUUUCUUGAUGGAUAAAGAGGUUAUGUUGUUCCUCAUAGAUAAGAGUGACCUUGGCAACUACUGACUACUUGGAAGUUCUGUCAUCGCUGCUGCCAGGAUGCACAAGCUCCAGAAGAAGCCAUUUUCACUGUAGCCGUUGUUCGGUUAUUACCGACAAACGCUUUGCUAGAAGACUUACCUACCGGGUAUGGAAGUUGAAUCAGGUAUGAAAUGGGACUAAUGAGGUUGAUCCAAGAUGAUCAUAUUGAUUUGUUUUACUGGAUUAUAUUGCAGGGAAACUCAUGCGUUUUAUUUGUUGUUAAUUAUGUUCAUGAUUAGUUAAAAACAUCGCUUUGAGAUUUGUACUACCACUAAAAGUUGAAGAAUUUAGAUUUUACCUUG